AUGUCCGAACCGGGGUUAUCUCCUCCUACUGCAGCAUUCCAUGAUGUGCAGCGCAAGCGUAAACGAUCCAGUCAGCCUGAGGAAGACGACAGACAAGAUCCACGUCCAAACCCGAACAAUGACCAUAUAGCCGAAUUAUCCCAGAGCUCGCAUGGCAUCUACAUCGAUAUGCCCGAACCAUCCUCCUCUGCCGUGGCAGCUUAUCACGCUGCACAGCAUCCACCCUCUAGCCAACUCGACUCGCAGUUCUCGCUGCCAGGCUCCAUUUUCCUCGAAUCGCAGACGGAACAACACCAACCUUCUAGCGUGUCUGAAUACGUACCCUCCACACAAGCUCAAGAUCAGUCGGGCUCGAGCUCAUCCGCUCCUUUAGUAGAGGACAGUUCAACAGCUUCUGCGUCGGCAUCUAUGAGGCCUCUGCCUUCCAUGUCGACGCGCGUCUUUGAGCCUUUUCUCGAUAACACCACUGGCAUGGAUCUCGAACAGGCCGAAACUAGCAUCCCCGGAAAAGAACAGCGACAGGGUGCUUCUACACAACUAGACAACUCAUCCCCCGUCGAAUCAUUUUCUCCCUCAGAUCAACCACGAGUGCAGCAGCAGCAUCAUCAAGCGAUAAGACCCCAGGACGUUCCCCGCAUUGGCUCUUGGAUUCUGCCUCCGCUCACUGCAGAGAACAGCAACCCUCAUGCCCCCGAGUAUACCAGUCAGGAAGUGCUUAGUCAGAUUCCUUUCAUCCUUGACAGCGAUGAGCCUAUUGAUCGGGAAGAUCUUUUGAGCGAGUUGGCCGCUUCUCAAUCGUCACCCGCUCUGCAGUCUUCGCGUCGCCGUCGACAGCAACAGCGGCAGGACAAGCCAAGUGCUUCGCCUGGUUCUGCUUCAGCUGCUGCCCCUCCGAUCCAGUCCACGCCUGCACUUGCUGCUACCGCCAGUCACGCAACGCCAGAAGACCAACCAGAAGAAGCGCUCCUACCAAGCCAGCCCAUUCCUUCGCAGCAACAAGAAGCGCCCUCAUCCACGCCUGCACUCCCUCCACCUCCUGCUACGGAAACCGCCACCGUCACCGCCGUCGCCACCUCUGCAUCUGACUCCAGCAGUAGCUCUCUAGGCUGGGCCACGCUGCCACGGCCCGAGCUCGUCGAUCUAGUCCACCGAUCGCCUCACAUCCCUGCAUUCCUCAAGGAAGAGAUCGAGCGCUUCGUCCUGCACGCGCACCGCUCUUCUUCACCCUCGCGCAACAAAUUGCAGUCCAACCAGCCGCGCGGAUCACCACGAAGACGGUACCGCUCGCAAUCUCAGUCGCAGUCCCAAUCCCAAUCGCAGAACGACGACUCGGAGACGCAGGAGGAUGGCUUCCUACGCACCAAGAAGCUUUGGUGUAUGGACUUGCUCGUCUUCCCUGCGUCUUCGUCUUCGCAAUCCAGGCCCGUCGCUGCUGCGCUGGAUGGAAUCACGUCGCAGGUGGUACUGAAGUUGACGCAGCAGACGCAACAGUCGCAGCUAUCGGCAGGCGAGUCGUCUGCGGCGUCCGUUCGCGGGGCGGUGGCGAUCGUCUUGCUACUCGACACGGUGGAGGCGACAUUUGAUGUGCACGAGUUGGAGGAGUCGCUGGCGAGCGUGUUGCGGAGUGAUCGGAGGUACAGUGUCAAUUAUGAUGCUAACGGGCGCAAGUGGAGUAAUCCGGGCAGCGCGACGAAUCAAGAUGCAGCCAGCUCCGCAGCGGUCGCUGGUACCGCAGACGCUAGCAACGACCUGGAGGAAGCACACUCGCAAAUCAGCCAACUGCGCCUACGUCUCGAAUCUGCCUCGCGCGAGAUCGAGCUUCUCACCUCGACGAAGCUCACGCUGCAAAAGGAGCUCGACGAAUCGCAAGCGCAGCACGACUUUGUGCGCUCGCUCUACGACCGUGCUUCGGCGUCGGCAUCUAGCGCGCAAGCCGCGGCCUCGUCCGCUCUCGCGCGCGUCGAAUUGCUCGAAUCCCAGCUGACAGACGGCUUGGCCUUGCACGCUUCGAUGUUGAACGCUGCCGUGGAGCGGUGGAAGAAGCGUGCGCGCAAGCUGGAGGUGGAAAGGGCGUUUGUGGCCAAGCAGCAGGAGGUUACCGAGGCCGGUGAAGUACGACGGAAAGCGGCGUUGUGGGAUGCGUAUCGGGCGGAGGAGGAGGCGAGAGACAAGAUGCGCAUGGAGAGGAUCCGAGUGCAUGAGGAGAAGCAGCGCGUCCGCAACGGUGGUAGUAAUAAUCAGGUCGAGGAUGGGCUCGGUCCGUUUGCGCGUCCGGUCGCCGUGGGCGAAAGACAGCCGAGCCCGGUAGACGAGCUGGACGAGCUCGCCGCGCUGGCUCGAGAAGCGCACGAAGCGGGCGAUGGUCUCGUCGUGAUCGAUGAUCCUGCCGCCGCAGCAACGGGCGGAGGACGCUCCCGUCGCUCUCGUCGUACCGCUACCGCUGCGAAUACAGCUGCACUUGAUCCAGCGGUGGAGGAACGCGUAGGAGGCCUGCGCAACUCGUCCAACCGUCCGCCACCCUCGUCAGCUGCGGACAUGGCGGCUCAGCUCGAAGCUGCCAACCUGUCCGCCGCCAAUGCUCUACACGACUCGAGGCUGGACGUGGAAGAUCAGUUGGCGCUGUUCAAUGCCCCGCAACCACCAAACAUCUCUGCUGGCGGCGAUGAACAGUCAGUGGGCGGAGGCGCCGAGAUGGGAGACUUCACCGUUGCGCCGAGCACCACUCUGGUCGACAUCUCGGUGGAUGACCUGUUUAACAGCGGUGACCCUGCGAUGUCAUAUCAGCCACACGAAACGGUGGCGCAGAAGCGGGGUCAAGAGGAGGAGGACGGAUGGGUGGGGAUCACAUCGCCCGUCGAUGUGCCGGCUAGCUUCACGAGUGAGAGUCUGCUGUUGUUCGACGAAAGUCGGCCCAUUGACCCGACGCAGACGCAGGUUGGUGGCGCUGCGGCGGCACGAUCCGCAGCCACGCAGAAUGGCAGCGCACAAGAACCGCCGUCGUCGUCAUCGUUCCAAACGCAUACACAGCCGUAG